UUCUAGACCGUAAAUUCCUCACAGGCUGGAAACCCCUCUGCCAACUCGGUCCUCUCCCGAGCGCUUAGCGCAGUGUUCUCCGCAGAGUAAGCACUGAAUCAGUACCAUUGAUGAGCAUAUCACCAUUUUUGGGAAGGCCAGUUGAGGAUGGCAGGAGGUUGGGUUGGGGAGGAGUAGGUGUCAAAAGGUGAUCUGGAGUUCGGAGAAGAUUGUGUGCGCUUCUGGAAUGCUGCAGUUGAGAAUGAGUUAUGCUGAAAAACCUGAUGAAAUCACUAAAGAUGAGUGGAUGGAAAAACUUAAUAAUUUGCACAUUCAGAGAGCUGACAUGAACCGCCUUAUCAUGAACUAUCUCGUUACAGAGGGUUUUAAGGAAGCAGCAGAAAAGUUUCGGAUGGAGUCUGGAAUUGAGCCAAGUGUUGAUCUGGAGACACUAGAUGAAAGAAUAAAAAUCAGAGAGAUGAUAUUGAAAGGUCAGAUUCAGGAAGCCAUUGCAUUGAUAAACAGUCUCCACCCAGAACUGUUAGACACAAAUCGAUAUCUUUACUUCCAUUUACAGCAACAACAUUUAAUUGAGCUAAUUAGGCAGCGAGAGACAGAAGCAGCAUUGGAAUUUGCUCAGACCCAACUGGCAGAACAAGGAGAGGAAAGUAGAGAAUGUUUGACAGAAAUGGAACGCACCUUGGCAUUACUUGCCUUUGAUAAUCCUGAAGAGUCACCAUUUGGAGACUUGCUUAAUAUGAUGCAGCGGCAAAAGGUAUGGAGUGAAGUUAACCAGGCAGUUCUAGACUAUGAAAACCGUGAGUCAACUCCCAAGUUGGCAAAGUUACUGAAACUACUACUGUGGGCUCAGAAUGAGUUGGACCAGAAGAAAGUAAAGUAUCCCAAAAUGACAGACCUCAGUAAGGGGACAAUUGAAGAACCCAAGUAAAUGUGCAGAUGGACACCCAGCAAUGUUACUACUGCACAGUAUUCAUCAUUUAUAUCAGUCUGUGACUGAAAGAUUUUUACUGCAGUACAGGACUCAACUUUCUUUUUUCUUUUUUCCCAUUUUUUUCCUCUUUUUUGGAACAACCAUCUUAUUUAAAAGGAGAAGUGACCCUUUUAAAUGCUAGAAAAUUGUAUUGAAAGGGGUCUUACCUCUUUAGAAGUCUAAUUUAGGCUAUGCACUAUGAUACGUUUUUAAAAUUCAGAAAAUUGCAUUUUGCAUUUUUACAUCCCAGUGCUCUUUCUGUUUCUCAUCGGCUACUAACAAUUUUUUGUUAGUUUAGUGGCCUUUGAGUGCUGUAGUACUAAAGAAUGCCAGUUACCUCCCACAUAAAUUGUUUGUAGAGCACUGUUAUUUGCUUUAUGUUGUUAGAGCUAGAUAGUGCAUUUUCAUUAUCUAUGAAUUCAUUUGAGGUUUCACCUAUAAAACUUUUCAUCAGGGUCACUUUUUUGCAUAGGAAAUGGUGUAUAAACUUGUAAAUCAUAACUCAAGGACUUCUUUUGUGCGGGUGUUUGUGUGUUCC